AUGAAUGCUCUCGAAAAUGAGGAAUUCAAUGAAGUGAUACCAAAACUGAAUGUAGAAUUAUCAAAUUGCAGACGAAUAACAGUUACACUUCUUGAAGUGCAGGACUUGUCGAAUGUCAACCAUUUCACAGAAAUGUCGUCCACUUGUUCGGAAUUUAACAUGAACUUGAUUGGUGUCCAAUGCCAAUCUGCUAUACGAAUUAAUCUCGAGAAUGUGAAAAUAUUUAAUGUAGAAUCUGCUAAAUAUGAACCCAAAACAAAUACUUUUCCUCCAUCCAUGACACAUUUGACUUUUCAAUUGAAAUCUCUUGAUACAUUACCUAAAAUGGACAUUGAGUUUUUCCAAGUUUUUAAAUUAUUGAGAACAUGCACGUUUCAUCACGUGGAAAUACCAUCUCUUGAGAAUGAAACUAUCCAUGUUUUACCUCUGCUUGAAAAAUUACAAUGCCACAAUUGCAGAAUUCAAAAUAUUCACUCUCUAUUGAAAUUUCCAAAUUUGACAAUUCUCGAAUCUAAUUCGUGCUUCUUUCCAGAAACACCAUACUUUUACACUCCUAAAGAAGAACAUUUCUUAAAAUUGAAAGAACUCACCAUUACGAAUAUGAAAUCAGGAAAAUUGAAUUUACAAAUUCUGAAAAACAUGCAAUUAGAACAACUCAAUCUUUCACAAGCCCUUCUUGAUUCCAACUUUCGUGACCAUUUGCAUUUCAUUGAAAAUAUGCCCUCUCUCACCUAUUUGAAUCUCUCAAACGAGAACCAAGUUUUAUCUGAAAUUUUAAAACACAUGAAUUUUGAACGUCUCACCAACUUGAAUUAUCUCAUCAUGAAAUAUCAUAGGACUUCACAUAGGAGAGAUUUAUCAUUUAAACUAAAUUCAAGUAUUUAUCACCUCAUUCACCACACGAGCAUGAUCUUUCCAAUAAUUAGUUCAGAAACUUUCAUUAAUAUUGAACCUGAUAAGUAUCACCAUGGCGGAGAAAUGAUCGACAUUCCCAUACUCACCAAAGAAAAAGCUUUGCAAAUUGUAACCAAAUUUAUUCCUCGUUCCUAUCAAGAACAAGAAGGUGAAAUUCUCACAGUCUUGUAUUGUAGAGAAUAUCAUUACAUUACUUUUAGCUUGCAAGGGAAAUUUGGAUAUGUAUUGGUCAAGAAUGAACCCUCUAGGAAUUAUCCAAUCAUGAAGGGUCAACUCACGAAAGAGAAUGUGGAACAGAGAUAUCUACUCGAGUACAUGUUUCGAAUUCCCUCUUCUGUGGAGAAAUACAAAAUGAAAUGUGACAUUAUUUGA